AUGUCCUCGAGUCAAGAUACCCCCGCAUCCACAUCCAAGCGGCAGAAAGCGCCUCCCAUACCGUUCGCAACAUGGCCGACCAUCAAGAUUCUCAAUCCACCUCAGGGUCGCUUCUCCCCCAGGACCGAUGAACGGUGUUUUAUGUACUGCUCGCAAACAGUGGCCGGUCGCUUUCAUAGGAAGGAGCCGUACUGCAAGGCCAUAUGUAUACGCAAGGUCUUUACGCAUGAAGUCCGGAAUAUCGUUUCAUUCCGGACGCACCACAAUCUCGAUGCGGACGGGAAAGCGAAAUACCCGUUGCCCAAGGAAGGCCAGCCAGCUAAUCUGCCACCAUACUUGGGGGGAACGGAUCCCGAAGCCACCGAAAGUGAUGACCACGUCAGGAAACCUGGAGACGAUAAGAAGUACUGGGACGAGGGCUGGUACCUGUGGUAUACCAAGUCGUCGCAGGGCGUGUGGGAAAAGGUGUGGACGAUGCGGCGGGAUUUGGAAUCACAGCAGCAGUACGAGGCAGCGAAAGACAAGCGGAGAAACGACUGGGCGGAAUAUCAAGACUACCAGAAGGAGCCAAAAGCAACAGCAGUAGACUCGCCCGCACCGGACAAAUGGUGGGGACCCAUAGUUCCCCCUCCGCCUAUCCUCGACAUAUCUGCCGAAUCCCUUCUAAUAUCCCUUCCGCCACCCCUACCACCUUUGUACAGCAAGGUAGAGAAUCUACUUGCGCCCACGCACAAACUACUCGGCAUUGUCCAUGAGAGUGUAACUUCGGGUGCCCAGCAAGAACUCGUACACCGGAUUUGGGAGAAGGCUUGGACGAAAGAUCCUUACGUCCUCGCCAGCCGCGCGUUUGGGUUACUAUGGGAGAAGUGGAGCAGUCCCCCCGAUGAUAGUGAUGACCAAAAGAAACCCACUUGA